UUAUUAAAUAUUAUUCUUCUUGGCUCCACGUCUGGCAUGCUGGUUUCCUUUAUGCUACUACUGCUAGUACUAAAAGAGACUGCCUUUUUCUUUGGGUCUUAAAUACAUACAUACAUACAUGGUCUCCCUGGUUAAAAGGAUUAUAGCCAUGAAAAGCAGCAGCCAUCUUUUGAUUUGAAGAUAAAAACUGAAUUCAAAUUGAAACCCAGUUUGGUUUUGGAUUUCUUUUGUCUUUCUCAGUCAUCAUAAAACAGAAUUCAUUCAUAGGGGGGUCUCUCUUCUCUGAAGCUUUGUGACUUUCAAGUAUCAAUUCAAUGGGAAUGAAAGGAGCAGAAGCUGCUCUUUCUCUUGUAUCGUUUCUCUUGUUUUGGACUUCUGUAUAUGGAAUUCUGUCUCCCAAAGGAGUAAACUUUGAAGUUCAAGCUUUAAUGGGCAUAAAGCAUUCUCUGGAAGAUCCUCAUGGUGUGCUUGAGAAUUGGGAUUCAGACUCUGUUGACCCAUGUAGCUGGACUAUGGUUACUUGCUCACCUGAAAGCUUAGUCAUUGGCCUAGGCACACCUAGCCAAAAUCUAUCUGGUACUCUUUCUCCAAGCAUUGGCAACUUAACAAAUCUCCAGAUUGUAUUACUUCAGAACAAUAACAUUAAAGGACCAGUCCCUUCAGAGCUUGGGAAGCUCCCAAAUCUUCAUACACUUGAUCUAUCUAAUAAUAUGUUCACCGGAACAAUUCCUUCCUCUUUAGGCCACCUCAGAAAUCUCCAGUACUUGAGGCUUAACAAUAACAGUCUCACUGGAAUAAUUCCAACGUCAUUGGUUAACAUGACCCAGCUUGCCUUUCUGGACCUAUCCUUCAAUAACCUUAGCGCCCCUGUACCAAGAUUUCCUGCUAAAACAUUCAACAUUGUUGGGAAUCCUCUGAUCUGCCCAACUGGAUCUGAAGCAGGCUGCUAUGGGACAACAUUAAUGCCAAUGUCCAUGAACCUGAAUAGUUCAGAUACUCUUCCUUCUGCCAAGCCUAGAAAUCACAAAAUAGCCCUUGCUUUCGGUUUAAGCUUAGGAUGUCUUUGUCUGAUUGCACUUGGAUUUGGAGCCGUGUUGUGGUGGAGGCACAGGCGGAAUCAACAAACAUUCUUUGACGUCAAAGACCGGCAUCACGAAGAAAUUUCACUAGGGAACUUGAAGAGAUUCCACUUUAGGGAACUUCAGAUUGCAACAAACAACUUCAGUAGCAAGAACAUACUAGGCAAAGGUGGUUUUGGACAUGUGUACAAAGGAACUCUUCAUGAUGGUACUUUCGUAGCUGUUAAGAGGCUUAAAGAUGGCAGUGCACUUGGAGGAGAGAUUCAAUUCCAGACUGAAGUUGAGAUGAUCAGUUUAGCAGUUCACAGGAACCUUCUCAGACUAUACGGGUUUUGCAUUACACCAACAGAAAGGCUUCUAAUUUAUCCAUAUAUGUCAAAUGGCAGUGUUGCUUCUCGUCUCAAAGGGAAACCAGUACUAGAUUGGAGCACAAGGAAGAGAAUUUCCUUAGGAGCAGCAAGAGGGCUAUUAUAUCUUCAUGAACAGUGUGAUCCCAAGAUAAUACACAGGGAUGUGAAGGCUGCAAACAUACUACUUGAUGAUGAUUGUGAGGCUGUAGUAGGAGAUUUUGGAUUGGCAAAGCUUUUGGAUCAUCAAGACUCACAUGUCACCACCGCCGUGAGGGGUACUGUGGGACACAUUGCGCCAGAGUAUCUGUCCACUGGUCAAUCCUCAGAGAAAACAGAUGUUUUUGGAUUUGGAAUUCUUCUCCUUGAACUUAUCACGGGUCAGAGAGCACUUGAAUUUGGCAAGGCUGCUAAUCAGAAAGGAGCAAUUCUUGAUUGGGUAAGGAAAAUUCAUCAAGAAAAGAAACUUGAAAUGCUAGUAGACAAGGAUCUUAAGACAAACUAUGAUAGGGUGGAGCUUGAGGAAAUGGUUCAAGUGGCUCUGUUGUGCACCCAAUACCUGCCUGGCCGCAGACCAAAAAUGUCUGAAGUGGUUCGGAUGCUUGAAGGUGAUGGGCUCGUCGAAAAAUGGGAAGCCUCUCAAAGAGUUGAGGCAACCAAGGGAAAACCUCAUGAGUUUUCAUCGUCAGAUCGAUAUUCUGAUCUCACAGAUGAUUCUUCAUUACUAGUCCAAGCAAUGGAGCUUUCUGGUCCCAGGUGAUUUCUCUUCUGAAGUAAACAUUUUCUUUCCUUCUAAAUGAAACCGGGCAUAUCUUAGGGACAUAUUAUAGUUGAAGUUAUUAAGUGAAAAAAAAUAUAUAUAUGAAUAUUGAGAGUUAUUUCUUUACCUGUUGUAUAUUAGAGUUACAAAGGUUUUUGAUGCUUGUAUUGCAACUGUACAGAAUAUUACUUUGUGAAACUGACAUCUCUUGAUUCAAGAUAUAUAAUGUCAUCGAUAUUCCCAUUU